AUGGCCAAUAACGAAAUCGCGAUUCACGGAUGGACUCCGGUUGUGAGGGAUCACAAGGCUCUAUUGGCCGGCAAGCCUUACAUCAAUAGGCCGACCGCCCUCCUGGUCAAGGACAUCCAGUUCCCAUCUGACGAUAUUGUUGCCAAGGUCCGGAAGCAUGCGAAAGAGAACUUGCCUGCUCCCACGUUCAACCACUCCAUGAGAGUAUUCUAUUUCGCCUCUGCGAUUCUAGAACAGCAGUUUCCAGACCUGGCCAAGUCGCUUUCCCGCUCGACGUUGGCCUUGACAGCUCUCCUCCAUGACAUCGGAACAACCCACGGCAAUCUGCGUGCGACUCAGCUGUCCUUCGAGUUCUACGGCGGAUACCUAGCACUAGACCUCGUAGGCAAACAGCUCGAGGCUCCAAAAUCUCAGGCAGAGGCUGUGGCCGAGGCCGUCAUCCGCCACCAAGACCUGGGGUCGACCGGCACCAUUACCUUCCUCGGCCAGCUGAUCCAGCUGGCGACCGUCUACGACAACAUGGGAGACAACCCGGAGAUCGUCCACCUGGAUACCAAGGUCGACGUCAACAAGGCCUUCCCGAGGCUCGGUUGGAGCAAGUGCUUCAGCGCGACGAUCCGCGAGGAGGUUGGCCUCAAGCCGUGGGCCCACACGACCCACCUGGAGGAGGACUUCCCUAUAGGAGUGGAAAACAACAAGCUGAUGGCUGAAUUUGAAUAA